AUAUUUCUCUGCUGCUGCUACUCUCUCUCUCUUUCAGCUUUCUUCUUCUUCUCUCAAGAGAGAUAGAUAGUUUUGAUUCAAAAAAAUCUCCUUCCUCUUCUUACUUCGAUAUCUUCCAAGUAUAAUCCUAAUCCCUCUUCCGCUUCAACAAUCAGAAUUUGGGUUUGGCGAAAGAUGCUAACUUUGAAAGUGGGAUUAAUCGUUUGAGUAAAAACAUGCGAAUUUUGUGUGAUGCUUGUGAGAGCGCCGCCGCUAUCGUCUUUUGCGCCGCCGACGAAGCUGCCCUCUGUUGCUCCUGUGACGAAAAAGUUCACAAGUGCAACAAGCUGGCUAGUCGGCAUCUUCGUGUAGGCUUAGCUGAUCCGAGUAAUGCGCCAAGCUGUGACAUAUGCGAAAAUGCACCCGCAUUCUUUUACUGUGAGAUAGAUGGUAGUUCCCUUUGUCUACAAUGUGACAUGGUAGUACAUGUUGGUGGCAAGAGAACACACAGGCGGUUUCUGUUGCUGAGACAGAGAAUUGAGUUCCCAGGCGAUAAGCCUAAUCACGCCGACCAACUGGGAUUACGGUGUCAAAAGGUUUCCUCUGCUCGCGGUCAAGAAUCAAAUGGAAAUGGUGAUCAUGAUCAUAAUAUGAUCGAUCUUAACUCCAAUCCUCAAAGAGUACACGAGCCUGGAUCAAAUCACCAAGAGGAGGGUAUUGAUGUAAAUAACGAGACUGAAAAGUGAUCACAGAUACACAAGAUCAAAUAACAAAGCUUGGAAGAGAUAGUGGAUAACGAUUCUUCAGAGUUAUAUAUCUCAAAUAUAUGAUUUUCUCUCCUCUCACAUUCAGAAAAAGCUUUAAUAGAAAGUAGUAAAAUCUUGAUAAUUAAAGAAGGAUGCCUUCUUGGCUCGGUUUAAGUGAUCACCAUGAGCCAUGGCUAUGAUCUUCUUCUUCUCUCUCUUUGCCUAGUUUUCUUAACUCUGAGCUCACUCUGUUUUUGGAUUUUUGUGUUAUAAAGAUGACUAGUUUGAGAGUCAUAUGUAUGACCUUGAACUGCAAUCUCUCAUUACUCAAGUCUCAAUAUGCUGUUUUGAUGUUUCUCGCUUCAUUUUUUCUUGGAUAUAAACUUAGGAUUUUCAUAUCUUGAACAUAAUGCUUGGUCUUUUGUAAUG